AUGCCGCCUAAAUUCGAUCCUAAUGAAAUUAAAAUCGUGAACUUGAGGUGCAUUGGAGGAGAAGUCGGAGCCACAUCUUCUUUGGCUCCUAAAAUUGGUCCCCUUGGUCUGUCUCCCAAAAAAGUGGGUGAUGACAUAGCAAAGGCCACCAGUGACUGGAAAGGACUUAAGAUUACCGUGCAGCUAGUGGUACAGAACAGACAGGCUCAAAUUUCCGUAGUCCCGUCAGCUGCUGCCCUCAUUAUUAGAGCGCUGAAGGAACCUCCUCGUGACCGCAAGAAGCAAAAAAACAUCAAGCACAGUGGUAACAUCACAUUGGAAGAUGUCAUUGGUAUUGCAAAAAUCAUGAGGCCUAGGUCAAUGGCCAGAUACUUGUCUGGCUCAGUGAAGGAAAUCCUUGGCACUGCACAAUCUGUUGGCUGCACAGUAGAUGGAAGAGCUCCACAUGACCUCAUCAACGACAUUAACAGCGGUGCUCUUACUAUUGAUGAAUAA